AUGAAGCACGUGACUGGGAAAAGCCAGCACGGGUUCACCGAGGGCAAAUCGUGCUUGACAAACCUGGUCACCUUCUACGACAGAGUAACCUGCUCUGUUGAUGUGGGGCGAGCGGUGGACAUUGUCUACCUGGAUUUCUCCAAGGCUUUCAAUACGAUGUCUCAGGAAUCACGGCAGCCGAGCCACCCCACCACCUUGCUCAUCCCCAAGGCCCGGGAAGGGCGAGCGCAGCGUGCCAUGUACCUGCUCCUGGCUCUGUGUACCGCAGCGCUGUACCUCGCCGGGGAGCCCCUCGUGCCCACCGCCCGCAGCCUCGCCUCCCACUUUGUGGCCCUGCAGAUCGGGGUGCUGCUCAAGGGCACCUGCUACCUGGCCGAGGAGAUCUUCCACCUCCAAUCCAGGCACCACGGCAGCUUCUGGAGAGCUCUGAGCGCCUGCUUCCCCCUGCGCUGGUACGGGCCCAUGCUGCUCAUCUGUGGCUCAGCCUGUGGCUCUUCUCCAUGGAGAUAGGCAGCCACUCGACCUCCACCCUGCGCUGGCCCGCCGUUCCAGCUCCUCACCCUCGCUCUGGGGCUCCACAAGCCCUCAGCAGUGGAGAUGUCUGAGAUGUGUGAGAGGUCCAAGCAGAACGUCGCUCAUGGGCUUGCCUGGUCUUAUUACGUUGGGUACCUAAAAAUAGUCCUGCCAAGGAUAAAAAAGUCGAUGCAGGAAUUCAGCAGAGCCAAUCCCAACAUGCUGGCAUGCAGGGAGACCUGGAAGCUCCACAUCUUGGUCCCUCUGAGCUGUGACAUCUAUGAUGACCUGGAGAAAGCUGACAGCAAUAUCCAGUACCUGACAGACCUCAGUGAAACCACCCUGACCCGAGCUGGCACCAAAAAAAGGGUCUACAAACACAGCCUCUACGCAAUCAGGGAUGAAGACAACAAGGUCUGGCACUGCGCAGUGGAGUAUGCCACCCCGCUGCAGUCCCUCUACGCCAUGUCCCAGGAUGAGUGUGCUGCCUUCAGCCGGGAGGACCGCCUGGAGCAGGCCAAGCUUUUCUACAGGACAUUGGAGGAGAUCCUGAAAGGCUCCAAGGAGUGCGCGGGUACCUACCGGCUCAUUGCGUACGAGG